AUGAGCUGGACCGACCUGCCGGCCGAGCUCUUAACGGCGAUCGCCGACAGGAUCGGUAAGCACGACGACUUUGCGCGCUUCCGCACCGUGUGCCCGUCCUGGCGUUCGGCUUACGAGCUCCUACUUCCGGCGGCAUACUACGGCUCAGAGGAGCUCUGCAGGGCCUUCCGCACGGACCGGCGCCGGAUGCCCAUGAGCUGGGGGGACGUCACUGACAUCGGCGACAGUGCCGUGUUCGUCGACCACCUCCGCGCGUUCUGCGUCGAGGCCGAUGGGCUCAACGGGGUGCGGAGGAACUGCAUGUACGUCGCGAGCUCGUACGUGGACGCCGACAGGGAGGACGGGAGGUACAACGUCGGCGUGCUCAACUUGGCAGACCUCACAACCAAGCGUCUUGGGAUGGGUAACCUGAGGAACCCCUCGUCUACCGGUUGCUAUCAAUGGCCUUCUUGGUCCAUGCCCAAUCUGCUCUGA